AUGGCUCUGACAAAUGACUCUAUAGUAACGGAAUUUGUUCUCUUAGGGUUAACAGUCAAACCCGAGUUACAAAUACCCCUUUUCAUAAUCUUCCUAGUAACAUAUAUUAUAACAUCAUUGGCGAAUUUAGCUUUGAUCAUUCUAAUUGUGCUGAAUUCUCACCUCCACACCCCCAUGUACUUUUUCCUCUGUAACUUGUCCUUCAUUGACCUCUGUUACUCUUCUGUUAUUACACCCAAAAUGCUGAUGAGCUUCUUAUUAGAGAAGAACAUUAUCUCCUAUAUGGGAUGUAUGACUCAGCUCUACUUCUUUUGUUUCUUUGCCAUUUCUGAAUGUUAUCUUCUAACAUCAAUGGCCUAUGAUCACUAUGUGGCUAUCUGCAAUCCACUCUUGUAUAAUGUUGCCAUGUCUCCUAAGAUGUGCUUUUAUCUUAUGCUUGGGUCAUAUUUGACGGCAUUUUCUGAUGCCAUGAACCAUACAGGAUGUGUUCUGAGAUUAUCUUUCUGCAACAGAAACACCAUUACCCAUUUCUGUGAUCUCCAUCCUCUGUUCCAGCUCUCCUGUACCAGUACAUAUGUCAAUGAGAUAGAGGUUUUCAUUGCACUCAGACUUCUCGCACGCUCGCGUCGCCUCCUGCGGGCCCCGUCCGCCGGUGCUGCCAUCUCCGGGGAAGCAGGCACCCUCCCGCGGUGUGCCCCGAACGUCGCCCGAAUGGCAAGCCAAAAUUCCUUCCAUAUAGAAUAUGACACCUUCGGUGAACUGAAGGUCCCAACUGAUAAGUAUUACGGUGCCCAGACUGUGAGAUCUACGAUGAACUUUAAGAUUGGAGGUGCAACAGAACGGAUGCCGAUCCCAGUCAUUAAAGCUUUUGGCAUCCUGAAAGGAGCUGCUGCUGAAGUGAACCAGGAUUACGGUCUUGAUCCAAAGAUUGCUAGUGCAAUAAUGAAGGCAGCAGAUGAGGUAGCUGAAGGUAAACUGAAUGACCACUUUCCUCUGGUGGUGUGGCAGACUGGAUCAGGAACCCAGACAAACAUGAAUGUAAAUGAAGUCAUUAGCAACAGAGCAAUUGAAAUGUUAGGAGGUGAACUUGGCAGCAAGAAGCCUGUGCACCCCAACGAUCAUGUUAAUAAGAGCCAGAGCUCGAAUGACACCUUUCCCACAGCAAUGCACAUUGCCGCUGCCGUGGAAGUUCACAAGGUCCUGCUACCAGGACUGCAGAAGCUGCAUGAUGCGCUCAGUGCUAAAUCCAAAGAGUUUGCCCAGGUCAUCAAAAUCGGGCGGACUCACACGCAGGACGCUGUCCCCCUCACUCUUGGGCAGGAAUUCAGUGGUUAUGUUCAACAAGUCCAGUAUGCUAUAGCAAGAAUAAAAGCCGCCAUGCCAAGAAUCUAUGAACUCGCUGCUGGAGGCACUGCUGUCGGGACGGGGUAUGACAAGGCAGCGAAGAUUGCCAAGACCGCACACAAGAAAGGAUCCACCUUAAAGGAAACGGCCGUUGAGCUUGGCUACCUCACAGCGGAGCAGUUUGAUGAGUGGGUGAAACCCAAGGACAUGCUGGGCCCAAAGUGACUUAAAUAAAUUUAUAUUAAAAUAAACUUGUAUGAAAUUUUAAAAAACAAGACUGUUUAUAAAUGAAAAUGAGGAUGUUAAAAAGGAAAUGUGUGGACCUGAGGGUCUGUAGCAGCAAAUUGACAAUUUGCAUGAAGUUCCAGGGCCACAGUAAACUAAAUAAGUGUAAGAUUA